UGUCCGUGGAACAGGCGUGGAUCUGCUGCUGUAGCUUCUGUCUGAGUGGAGGACGAUCACUUUCUCUGUUUACCUGGUUUAUCGCUUUCAGUCUGACACAGUUCACACGCAACCAGCUUCGUCACCUUUGAGGGAAACGGCCACGGUGAAGAACGAGGAUGUUUAAAAAAUUUGAUGAUAAGGAGAAUGUGUCGAACUGCAUCCAGCUGAAAACGUCAGUGAUUAAAGAUAUCAAAAAGCAGCUGUUGAACCAGUUUCCUGAUAUCGAGUCAUGGCUCAAUCACAUAAUGCCCAAAAAGGAUCCAGUGAAAAUAGUGAGAUGCCAUGAGCACAUUGAAAUCCUGACAGUGAAUGGAGAGCUGCUUUUCUUCAGACAGAGAGAUGGACCAUUCUAUCCGACCCUCAGACUGUUGCAUAAAUAUCCCUUCAUUCUUCCUCACCAGCAAGUAGACAAAGGAGCCAUUAAAUUUGUCUUAAGUGGUGCCAACAUCAUGUGCCCUGGGUUGACGUCACCAGGCGCGCAGCUCUACCCGUCUGAAGCCAACACAGUAGUUGCCAUAAUGGCUGAGGGUAAGCAACAUGCACUUUGUGUCGGCGUUAUGAAGAUGUCUGCAGAAAGCAUAGAAAAAGUCAACAAGGGAAUCGGAAUUGAGAACGUUCACUAUCUGAAUGACGGACUGUGGCACAUGAAGACGUAUAAAUGAUGACAUCAACACACACAAGCCCUCCCUCCCCCGCCCGGACACCAUGACGCUCUUGACAGUGGGGCAUGAGCUGCCAGUCAACUGUUUACACCUUUGGACUUAGCCGUGUAACCUGCUGGAGGCUCUGAAUCAAAUCGCCACUAUGCACAAAUAAGAGAAAGAUCUUCUUCUUUUUUUUGCAUUGGAUCCAAUUAAAGAUGCUCAUGUUAUUGUGUUGCCUGUGAUUUUAGAUUCUGACUAGCAAUACACAGGACAAGAGUGAACUAUUUUAUUUAAAUUGUUUGCACUGCCAACAUGAGAGUGUUUGUUAAGGAACUGGCAAUGGAAGUCUUUACUUGUUAGACUGGUUAUCUGCUCUUUCGUCAAGUUACACAAUCACUGACAGCUUAAAGUGGCUGAUCUGCUCUUUUAACUCAGUCACCAAUUAAUAAGAAACAUUCACUACUGGAGGAAAAUACAAUUGUCCAAAUACAAAACAAUUAAAUCAUGUUAAAGUUG